UGGGUAUGAACAUCCUCUUCUGUUCCCAAUUACUGAAAGCUCUAUAUAUACACAAGUAGGCCAACUACCCCAUAACUCCUUCCCAUUUUUUCCUCUCAACAGUCUUGUUGCUUCUUGUUCACUUUCUCCUUAAUCAUAAUUUUUUUUGAUCGAGUCUGCCAUGGCAACAACAUCAAACUCUGCAGUUUCAACAUUUCCUAAUCUAAACAUCACAGUGGAAAGCAAUCCCUCGGAUUCACGCUUAUCUGAAUUGGAUAUAAACUCAUGGCCAAAAUGGGGAUGUGCACCAGGGAAGUACACACUUAAGUUUGAGGCAGCAGAGACAUGUUAUCUGGUAAGAGGCAGAGUGAAGGUGUAUCCUAAAGGAUGCUCAUCAUCAUCUUCGUCUGAGUUUGUAGAGUUUGGAGAAGGAGACCUUGUAACCAUUCCCAAAGGACUCAGGUGCAUAUGGGAUGUAUCAGUUGCCAUUGAUAAACACUACAAGUUUGAGUCUUCUUCAUCCUAGUCAGUCAAGUUCAUCGAUCGAUAUCGAUGUAGUUAGUUAAUAUCUGGUUAUGUUUUUUUUUUUUUAGAAGAUAUCUGGUUAUGUUUGUUUUGUUAAUGCAGACUGGUCUUGAUCAUUAGGUACUUGUAUACUACUUAAUGCAGUAGUUUAGGACUUGUAUGAUAUGAUUUAAGGAAUGGGAGGCUCCCUUUUGUUGCUUUGAUUGGUCAGCCUAGAGACUGUUAUGUGCAAGAAAGACAUGCCUUUCUGUAGCUUUGAGCACGUGAAACCCGUCAAUAAAAAUCGAUCUAGGGCUCU